CAAUCUGAGCCUCCGACAUGAAUUGAGGGGUUAUUGUUUAGGGUUUUACAGUCCACUAAUUCAUUUUUCACUCCAACAAAUGGCUUCUCUAAUGGCGAUUCGACGCUCACGCUGCUUCAAAAUCAUUCCUUCUUCUCAUUUUCUUUCAAAGGUACCGCGCUCUAAUUUCAAUUUCAAUUACAGCAUCAUUUCUAAAACCCUAACUACAUCGUCUGCUCUUCCUAAUGAUUAUCAAAGAAACCCUAGUAAUACUCACUGGAAUCAAGGUGGUUCAUCUAAUAAUCAAGGUGACUUUAAUCAGUGGAAUGCUGAGUCCCAUCAACAACGUGUAAACCCUAAUAACAAUCAGUUCAAUUACCCUAAUGUUGACCAGAAUAGGGGAUAUCCUAGUUCAUUUCCUCAGCAGCCUCAAAAUGAUCCUAAUCAAUGGAAUUCACCUUCCCGGAAUGUUUCUCAUCAUCAGAAUCAACCACAGCAGCAUACUAAUCAGUUGAAUUCUCAGCCUCAGAAUUAUUCGCAACACCAAAACCCUAGUCAGGUGUAUCCUAAUAAUGUCCAGGGUUAUCAGCAACCUAAUAGCCCAAAUCAGUGGAACAAUCAAAAUCAGGGAUUUUCACAGGGUAGAAACCCUGGUCAGUGGAACAAUCAAGGGCACGUGGCAUCGGAUAUUCAAGCUGUGAAUGUGAAUGCUCCAGCAAGUUCUCCUCAGCAUCAAAACCAUAGCCAGGUGCAUCCUAAUGUCCAUGGCUAUCAGCAACCCAGAAAUCCAACUCCAUGGAACAAUCAAAAUCAGGGAUUCCCACAAGCUAGAAACCCUGGUCAGUGGAAUCCACAGGCUCAAAAUCCCAAUCAAGGACAUAUGCCAUCUCAGAUGCCAGCUCCAAAUAUGAAUGCUGAAGUAAAUAGCCAUGCUCCUGCUCCUUCAUUGGCGGAUUUGAUGCGCUUUUGCCAGGAGGGAAAGGUUAAGGAAGCUAUUGAUUUGUUGGAUCAAGGGGUUAAAGCUGAUGGUGAUUGUUUUUAUAUGCUGUUUGAAUUGUGUGCGAAACUUGAGGAUGCGAAAAAGGUGCAUGAUUACUUUUUGCAAUCAACUUGUAGAGGUGAUUCUAAUUUGUUGAAGAAGGUGAUUGGCAUGUAUGGGAGAUGUGGUAGCAUGACUGAUGCUAGGAGAGUUUUUGAUCAUAUGAAAGAUAGGGAUAUGGAUUCAUGGCAUUUGAUGAUAAACGGCUAUGCUAGGAAUAACUUGGGAGAUGAAGGGCUGCAAUUGUAUGAGCAGAUGAGGGAUUCAGGACUGAAACCCACUGCAGAAACUUUCCUCGCAGUUUUAUCCGCAUGUGCUAGUGCAGAGGCGGUAGAGGAAGGGUUUUUGCAUUUUGAGUCGAUGAAGAAUGAGUACGGAAUUAAUCCAGGGAUAGAACAUUAUAUAGGAGUUAUCGAUGUUCUCGGAAAAGCUGGGUAUGUUGAUGAAAUUGAAAAGUAUAUCGAGAAACUGCCGUUUGAGCCUACAGUUGAUAUCUGGGGGACACUGAAGAAUUAUGCUAGGAUUCAUGGAGAUGUUGAUCUAGAAGACCAUGCUGAGGAAUUGAUUGUUGCUCUUGACCCAUCAAAGGCUGUUGCCAAGAAAAUUCCCACUCCACCACCAAAGAAAUAUAGCGUAAUCAGCAUGCUUGAAGGAAGGAAUAGAAUUGUUGAGUUUAGGAAUCCUACGCUUUACAAGGAUGACGAGAAACUCAAGGCAAUGAGUAAAGCGGUGAGCUAUGUGCCGGAUACAAGAUACGUUCUUCACGACAUUGAUCAGGAAGCGAAAGAACAAGCUUUGCUUUAUCACAGUGAGCGGUUGGCAAUUGCAUAUGGUCUCAUCAGUACUCCGGCUAGGACACCUUUGAGGAUUAUCAAGAAUCUCCGUGUGUGCGGCGAUUGUCACAAUGCUAUUAAAAUCAUGUCCAGGAUUGUUGGGAGGGAAUUGAUUGUGAGGGAUAACAAGAGAUUUCAUCAUUUCAAGGAUGGAGGUUGCUCGUGUGGAGAUUACUGGUAAAGCAAUCUACAGUUGAACACUUAUUAUCAUCUGUUAAGUGAGAGCACAGCAUGAGGAACUUUUAUUGUAAAAUAUAAACCUUUUGUUGCUGAUUAGCAUGUAUGCACUGCUUAUGCUCAAUUGAUCAUAUUUUAUGAGAUUAAUUAA